AGGACAAGGUACUUCUCUUCGCUUUUAUUGUUCUUUUACAGAGCCAGGCGGCGAUCUUCUUCUCCGGUUCUCUGCCACCAUGUCGGGAUGAGUGUUUUCUCUCACUAGAUUUCUCUUGAUCUUCGUCUUCUUGUUCAUCGCGUCGAAGCAUGGCGACUGGUUUUCCCGGACGGGAGCUUGGGUUUGGUUUACCCGGGCCGCUGCCGCGAGCCGGAAGCGGCGGGCUGCUCAAGCGGCCGGUGUCGGAGAUGGAGAGGCUCCAGCAGCUGCAGCUGCAGCAGCAGAAGCAGUUGCAGCAGGCGAUGUUCCUUCGCUCGGUGAAGCAGAGGACGCUUCUUGCUUCCUCUGUUUCUUCGCAUCUCUCCACGCCUGCUCUUCAAGAUCCCGCUUUGGGGUCGUCGGUGUCUUUGGCUACCUCAAAUUUGGUGGCUUCUGGGUUCCUUCGGCGACCGGGGAUGUCAUCGGAGACGAGGCCCUCCACCGAGCUCCGUGACGGGCUCCAGGAACUGGAGCGGCGGCUUCUGUCGGACGACGACGAGGAGGAACCUAUCAGCGCUUCCGGGUCGGCUGUUACUACCGCCGAGUGGAGUGAGACGAUGCGGCAGCUCGUCGCUGCGCCGAUGCCGCUGGCAGCUGUGUCAGGAACGAACCAGCUCCCCCCAACGCCUACUAACUCUUCCUCCUCCACCGUGUCCUCCUCCGCCUCGAGCUCCCCUCCCUCGUCCUCCGCUGCCCCUGCUGGGGCUUCCUUGCGGCAGAUGCUCCUCGAUGCCGCCGCCGCCGUCGCAGAUGGGAAACUCGAGACGGCCACUGGGAUUCUCGCAGUCCUGAAGCGCACCGCGAACUACAAAGGUGACGCAGAGCAAAGACUCACGGCGAUGAUGGUUGCAGUGCUCUUCGCCCGCUUGAAUCCGGCGCCGCCGACGGUGUCUUCCUCAAUCGCUGAAGUUUGCGGCGCAGAGCACCUUGCGGCUGCACAGAUGCUUUACGAGGUCUCCCCUUGCUUCAAGCUCGGCCUCAUGGCUGCCAAUUUGGGGAUCUUAGAGACCACCAAGGAUCGCUCCCAAAUCCACAUUCUUGACUUUGACAUCGGCCACGGCGGCCAGUACGCCGCCCUUCUCCACGCCCUCGCCGAUCGCCACCGCCUCCGGCCCGUCGUCCCUCCGCCAGCACUUCGGAUCACCGCCGUCGUCGACCCUACCUCCCCGUUCUCCAGCAAUGACACCGGCGGAACCUUACGGGCCGUCGGCGACCGUAUCCAGAAGCUCGCCGAGCGCCACAACCUUGCCAUCCGCUUCGGCAUCAUCCACCGCCGCCCGGACGAACUUGACGCCGCUUCGCUUGGCUGCGAGCCGGACGAAGCCCUCGCCGUCAACCUAUCCUUCGCGCUCGCGCGCGUCCCCGACGAGAGCGUCUCCCCCGCCAACCCCCGCGACGAGCUCCUCCGCCGCGUGCGCGCGCUCCGCCCGCGAGUAGUCACGCUGGUCGAGCAGGAGAUCAACACCAACACCGCCUCCUUCGCCGGCCGCUUCGCCGCCGUGUGCGCCCACUACGGCGCCCUCCUCCAAUCCCUCGAUGCCACCGCCGCCCGCGACAGCGGAGACCGCACCCGCGUCGAGGCCGCCCUCGCGCGCCGCGCCGUGAACGCGGUCGCCAGGGAGGGCGCCGACCGGCUGGAGCGAUGCGAGGUCUUCGGCAAGUGGCGCGCGCGGAUGAGCAUGGCCGGCUUCGAGCCCCUCCAACUCGGACGGCCGGUCGUCGACGCUCUCAAGAACCGGCUCAACGCGAUCCGACCGAACCCGGGUUUCACCCUAGACGAAGACUCGGGCCGCCUGGGGUUCGGAUGGAAGGGGCACGUGCUUACCGUGACCUCCACGUGGCGUUGAUCCGGUCGAAAAAUUUAAACCGAAAUUAAUUAUGUGAUUAAAUAUAGCCAGUUGGUUGUUUAAUAUUUGAACCAUAAUUAUUAAUUCCUCCCUGUAAUGACUAUUAAUGAGAAGUAAUGUCUUUAAUAUUAUAAUUUUUUAUAA